UAAGAAAAGCAGCUGCUAAAAGCGCUUUCUCCCGGAGAUGGUUAGUGGUAGCAGCAUGCCAUGCCACUUCCAGAGCAGAGGUCCCGAUCUCCUGAGAUCACACUUUCACUCUUUGGUCUCAGCAUCCUCACGUGAUCCGGAGGAGGGCAUCAUCAUCCUCAGGACGCCCAAGAACUGAAUUAACUCUACAAAAAAGUUGGGGGUGAGUUUUUCCCUGGGGUACACCAGCUUUGCUAGGACUUCACCAUGCUCUAAUUAUUUCCUGGUGAUCACCUGCUCCAGCACCCACCUUGUAGUGCCUAUGGAUGACCUUUCAAACACAACUGUGGGUGAGAACUAUACAUUUUCUCCAAAUGUCUCCUGGGACAAUGGAAGUUCCAUAGUCCACAACCAAACGGAUGGUAAUAGGACUCACCUGCAUGUAGACUUAACAAGGGCUAUGCUCCUUGGAUUCACCUUGGGGGCCUUUAUAUGCGUGGCCAUCGUGGGCAACAUCAUGGUCAUCAUCUCGGUGGUGGCCAACAGGCAGUUGAGGAUCCCAACCAACUAUCUGAUAGUCAACUUGGCCAUAGCUGACCUUCUCCUGAGCACCACUGUCUUACCUUUCUCCUCAACCCUUGAGAUUGUGGAUGCUUGGGUAUUUGGGAAGAUAUUCUGUGACAUUUGGGCCGCCAUGGACGUUCUGUGCUGCACGGCGUCAAUUUUCAGCCUUUGCGCCAUUUCCAUCGACAGGUACAUAGGAGUUCGCUACUCUCUUCAGUACCCUACUAUAGUGACCAGGAAAAGGGUCUUGCUGGCUUUACUCUGUGUCUGGAUAUUGUCUAUAGUGAUCUCCAUUGGACCCUUACUGGGAUGGAAGCAGCAGACAGCUACUAAUGAGUAUGUGUGUAAUAUUACUACAGAGCCUUUUUAUGCCAUCUUCUCCUCCCUUGGAUCCUUCUUCAUCCCUCUUGUUGUCAUUUUGGUGAUGUACUGUAGAGUCUAUGUGGUAGCCAAAAGGAUCACCAAGAACUUAGAGGCUGGGGUGAUGAAAGAGAGGAUGGACUCCAAGGAGCUGACCCUGAGGAUCCACUGCAGGAAUAUGAAUGAUGGCAUGCCUAACAGUAAAAACAAAAACCAGCAGACGCGAAGCUCCUUGUCCGUGAGACUCCUUAAAUUCUCCAGGGAGAAGAAAGCUGCCAAGACACUAGGGAUUGUGGUGGGCUUGUUCAUCCUGUGUUGGCUUCCAUUCUUCACCUCUCUACCUUUAGGUUCGAUCUUCAAGCAGUUAGAACCUCCAGAAACAGUGCAGAAAGUCAUCUUUUGGCUUGGCUACUUCAACAGCUGCAUCAACCCAGUCAUCUACCCCUGCUCAAGCAAAGAGUUCAAGAGAGCCUUCAUCCAAAUUUUAAGGUGUCAGUGGGGGAACAGCAGAAGGCAGUCUGCUUUGCGCAGAUCCCAGUACCGCCCUCGAAGCAGUACCAGCACCUUAAUCCAGUCACGUAAGGAGUCCAUGGAUGACAAACACUUUAUAAAUGGUAGCCAGAGGACAGUGACGUCUAUCACUCCAAGCCCAAGCUACAGGAGCAGGUCACCCAAAAAAGAGAGCAGUUCUCGAGACUGGAAGCAAUCUUAUAUCCCUGUAGACUUGGAUCAAACACAGACUUCAGAAUCCAAUAUGCAGGACAAAUCACAAAGUGUCUUCAUUUUCCAGGGGGCUUCAGACUAUAAUGGGCACGGGACCGAUAAUACAACACAAGACCACAGUGGGUCUAAAGCCAACCCCAGUCUGGUUGUAGUGCAAGACUCUAUUCACUUUAGAUAAUACCCAUUUAGCAGACUUUAAUGUGCAAAAGUGCCAUAUACUUGUACUAGUGGGUAUUUAGAGCUCUUUUGAUAAUCUUGGAUCCUUGGACAGGUCAAGAAUUUAGGAUUUAAAGGGAACAAAACUCAGUGAUUUUCAAGUACAGCAGAAGCAAGGUCUAAAUAAAAAGGCCACUUGAAGUACAAAAAUAGAUGUUAAAGUAUAUGUCUACUUUUUUUUUUUUUUUUGGGCUUAGAUAGUGUAUAGAAGGAUUAGAACUCCUGUCUUUGGUGUUAUUCAGGGUUCCCUUUGAGAGAUAUCACAUCACUCACUAUCCCGGUGACUUUGGAUUCACUGAACUAGAAGUGAGAGGAAAUCCCCAAAAGCAAACAGAAUUCAAAAUAUUUUUUCGGGGUAGACUAGAACCCCUAUCAGAUUUUUUAUUGCUGUGUCUUUGUUUAAGAUUAUCCCUCACUCUUUGUCUGGUGAUGAAACCAUUAUCAAUAGUAUAACCUAUCAGAGUAAGCAGAGUGACGUCUCUCUUAGCCCCCAUUCACACCUAGGCGUUUUGUCGCCUGUAGUGUGACGCCGCAGCAGCCCCGAGACG